CUAGACAUCAAUUUGCACCAAUUUAUAAAUUAUUGGAAGUAUCACAUGAAGCACUUUUGUCACGUUUAAAACCUCCAGUUAGAAAAAACAUUGAAAAGGCAUUAGCCUUGAUGCAAUCAUUAAAAUCUAUGAUUCCUCCAGUACCUUCUCAACAUCACUGGGAAAUUGCAGCAAGAAAUUGCAAAAAUUUCAUGAGGCUAUGUACCAACCUUUUUAAUAUGAUUGGAUUUAAAGAAAGAGAAAGUUUAGGACCAUGGAAAAUACCUGAUUUUAGUGCUGAAUCACAACGGUUUAGAGUAGAACUGAGGAAGAACCAAUUUUUCACAAAAAGCCAUUUUAAAAAUUUGAAAGAUGAUGUUAUUUUGAGUGAAAAAAUGAAAAAUUUUAAUUAUCUUGCAAAAGAAAAAAGGAACACAUUGUUGAAAGAAAUCUUAUUGCAAGAAGCUUCUACUAGUACCUGGCAUCCUAUUCCAAUAACUGAACAAGAAGAAACAGCACAGCAAGAUGAAAAAAAUAUGAAUAAAAAAGAUAUUGUAAAAUUCAAAAAAAAAUUUUUACUUGGAGCAAUAAUUGCAUCUCUUGUUGAAGAAGCAUCAGUAAUGAAUUGUACAACU